GACCGGUUCGGAAAGGUAUCUCGAUUUCGAUCUCGCGAAAUUAACGCGUCAUGUGCCACGCGGAUUAUGACACAACCUCGCAUUUCACUGCGAUGCAAGAUGCGCGUGCGGACCGCUGUCAAACGGAGAUUGACAGAAUGAUUUAAGAUGCCCGAUCAUCACUUUAUAUUCAGAUGUCGUCGUGUUCCUCUUCCUUUUCGUCUAUUUCUUUUUUCGCCCGAACUAUGUACACAAUGGUUCACUUCGCUGUGGAAAAUUACAGAGGCAUGGUGCUGUAUUAGUGGUAAUAUCUCUCUUAAUAGAGACCAAUGGCUUUUACGUACCUGGAGUCGCUCCGGUGGAAUUCAAGAAAGGUCAGAAGAUUGAUGUUAAAGCUGUUAAAAUGACCAGCAUCCAUACACAAUUACCAUAUGAAUAUUAUUCUCUUCCCUUUUGUCGACCCAAGAAAGAAAUUUUUAUUUACAAGUCUGAAAAUUUGGGAGAGGUGUUGCGAGGUGACAGGAUAGUAAAUACUCCAUAUGAGGUUGUAAUGGGAGAAGAUGUCAGUUGCAGAUUGUUGUGUCACGACCCCUCUAGAUUGAUGACCUGGGAUGAGGCUAAUUCCCAACAUGUUAUCCAGAUGAUCCAACACGAAUAUUUUGUUCAUCUAUUAAUAGACAACCUACCAGCAGCUACUAGAAAGAAACACAAAGAGACAAAUAAUGUGGUUGUUUAUCAAGGAUAUCGUUUAGGUGGAGUGAUAAACGAUCAAGUGUAUAUCAAUAAUUAUCUUAAGUUAAUAUUAAGUUAUCAUAAACAUGGCGAAGAUGAAUUUAGAGUAGUUGGAUUCGAAGUGGAAACUCGAUCCAUCGACACAACACAAUUGAAAUUCGAUGGGAAUACCUGCAUAAUACCUAACGAAGCGAACCCGCAGUUUGUCAAUCCAAAAAGCACGAGUCUUCUCUUUCUCUAUUCGGUGGAGUGGAAACAAUCGGACGUAAGCUGGGCCAGCAGAUGGGACGUAUAUCUGGGCAUGAGCGACGUCGAGAUUCAUUGGUUCUCGAUCAUCAAUUCUCUCAUUGUUGUCUUCUUCCUGUCCGGAAUUCUGACAAUGAUCAUGGUGAGGACACUUAGGAGAGACAUUGCUCGUUAUAACGCAGGCGAAAGCGAUAGUCUAGCAGGUCUGGAUGAAACGAUCGAAGAGACUGGCUGGAAGUUAGUCCACGGAGAUGUGUUUCGACCACCGACCAACUCGCGUUUAUUUGCCGCCGUGAUCGGCAGCGGCAUCCAGAUUUUCUUCAUGGCUUUGAUCACGAUAUUCUUCGCGAUGCUGGGGAUGCUAUCACCAGCGAGUCGAGGAGCCUUGGGCACUUGCGCGAUAUUUUUGUAUGUGUUUUCCGGCUUGAUCGCCGGUUACUUCUCGGCAAGACUAUACAAGACGAUGCGAGGUCGGGAGUGGAGAAGAGCCGCUCUAUUGACAGCGACGUUUUAUCCUGGUAUAGUCUUCACGACAUGUUUCUUCCUAAAUUUCUUCAUAUGGGGAAAGCAUAGUUCCGGUGCAGUCCCCUUUACAACCAUGGUAGCCUUGCUUUGCCUCUGGUUUGGCAUUUCUCUGCCUCUUGUCUAUCUUGGCUACUUCUUUGGCUACCGUAAGCAGCCUUUCACGCAUCCAGUUAGAACAAAUCAAAUCCCUAGACAAGUUCCUGAUCAACUAUGGUAUAUGAAUCCAAUAUUAUGUACUUUAAUGGCUGGAAUUCUACCAUUUGGCGCUGUAUUCAUAGAACUCUUUUUUAUCCUAACUGCACUGUGGGAAAAUCAAUUCUAUUACCUCUUUGGAUUUUUAUUCCUCGUUUUUUGCAUCCUUGUAAUUUCGUGCUCGCAGAUAUCAAUAGUCAUGGUCUAUUUCCAAUUAUGCGGCGAAGAUUAUAGAUGGUGGUGGCGAAGCUUCAUUGUGAGCGGCGGAUCAGCGGUUUAUGUGCUGGCAUACUCCAUCUUUUAUUUUGUCACCAAGUUGGAGAUUACUGAAUUAGUGCCAACCCUCAUGUAUUUUGGCUAUACUGCAUUGAUGGUCCUCACAUUCUGGCUAUUGACCGGUACGAUCGGUUUCUUCGCUGCAUACGCUUUCAUCAGAAAGAUAUAUGCGGCCGUCAAGAUAGACUAGUCAAAAUUAUCAUUAGUAGAAUAAUACGAGUGAAUAAAGUUAGAUUUUUAAUUUAAUUAAGAGAAAAUGUGAGAGAGAGAAAGGGCUUUAGUUUUUUGUAUAGAAACAAUAAGUGGAAUAAGUAUGUAUGCAUCUAUAUCUUCCACGAAAUUUCAAAACUGCAAAUAUUUGCAUAGGAUUUUGUUACUGAAAUAUGUAUAUGAAUAUUUGAUGUGUCGAUAUAAGGUUUUUAUUUUUUGUUUAUCAUUGUCAUCAUGACAGCAGUGGAAGCUCCUUAUUCGCCAGAGUUUACAUUGUGUACGAAAAUUGUUACAAAUAUGAAGAUUGUGGAAGGCAAAAAAAAAAUAUAUUGAAAAAUUAAUACAUUUUUAAAGGAAAAAAUGUUCUUUAUUUUUGACAUUUUUUUUUAAUUAUUUUAAAAUAGUAACAUUUAUUGAAAAUAAAUCUUUUUUUUCAUGCAUUAUUUAUUUGUAAAUUUUGUUAUAUUUGUAAAAGAUGGCUGCAAGUAUAUCGAAUUGUGAAUUAAUCAAUAUACGAAUAAGGAAUGGGAGAUUGUAAAACUUCCAUUGUACAAUACAUAUAUUAUUUUUAUUUGAUUUUUAGUAGCGUGAUUUUCUCUAAAUAAGUACUUACAAUAUAUGACACAUUCAUACAUGAGAAAAUAAUCUAUAAAAUUCAUAAACUGAACAUUGGCUAUAUCAAUAUCGUUCCUUGUCUCGUCGAGAGAGAACAAGCAUACACUACUGUGUAAAAAUAUUCAAAUAAUGUGAUAUUAGUGACGGUCAAUGUGCGAAAGUAUUAUAUAGUCUAUAAUGAAUGAGCCAGUUUAAAGUGUUAUUUGUUUCCAUUUUCUUUUUAAAGCAUAUUACAUGCAAUUUUACAGAUGUGUCGGCCGAUGUUGUAAUAAUAAGCACACAUAUAGUGAGUAAGAAUAAUAAUAUAAAGUUUGUGUA